AUGCCGCCUUCUCAGGAUGAGAUCAAGGUCGUGACGCCCGACGGCGAACGCAACGUUGUCAUGGUUAACGGCAAAGAGGUUGUCGUAAGCUCUGCCACCGAGAAGCCCAACCGCUCUUUCUGGGUUGCUUGGAUGUACAUCUUCGAUUGGUAUCCGAGUCAUUACUCUCCCGAAGAAAAACGAUUGGUACGCAAGCUCGACUGUGUCUUGCUUACUUUGUGUUGCCUCUGCUUCUACAUAAAGUGGCUGGAUCAGAACGCACUCAAUACUGCGUAUUGGUCUGGCAUGCGAGAGGAGUUGGCGAUAAAGGGCAACGAAUAUUCGCUCUUCGGGACUUUCUACAAUAUCGGCUACAUGAUCUUUGAAAUACCGAGCAUGCUGAUCAUCUCACGUCCAAAGCUGGCUCGCUAUUACGUCCCGACUAUGGAAUGCGCCUGGUCUAUCUUGACUUUCACGCAGUCUCGCUUGAGUAGCGUACCGCAAAUCUACGGGCUUCGCUUCCUUCUCGGUGUUCUGGAAACCCCUGCAUCGACUGGCUCGAUCUAUCUUCUCACAUCCUGGUACCGCGCGGAUGAGGUGUUCAAGCGCGCCGGCGUCUGGUAUGUUUCGAGCAAUGCUGGCGCUAUGUUUAGCGGCUAUCUACAAGCCGCUGCCCACAAGAACCUUGACGGAGUCCAUGGGAUGUCGGGAUGGCGCUGGUUGUUCAUUAUUGAUGGAUCCAUCUCUUUGCCUAUCGGUCUCGCUGGCUUCUUCCUAUACCCUGGACUUCCCACUAGUCCAAAGGUUUGGUGGCUGACAGAAGACGAGAGAAAGCUCGCCGUCGCGCGCAUGCAGAGCCAGGGUACGAAGCAGAGCGGCAAGAUUGGCAAACGUAUGCUUAAACGCGUAUUCACUCACUGGCACUUCUACGUCGCGGUCUUGACAUACGUCUUCUUCCAAUGUACGAGCUACGUUGGUGGUCAGAUGCAAGCUUGGCUCAAGAAGGAAGCCGAUCUAAACGGUACCUACACCAUCGAAGAGAUCAACCUCAUCCCCACCGGAGUUCAGGGCCUGGCCAUCGUCUGUGGCAUUUUCAUCACUAGUUUGGUGAUGAUAUAUCCGAUGUGGAUCGUUUUUUCAGUCGUUACAGCGAUCUUGCUUUUCGCAAAUGUGUGCUUGCGAGUGUGGUACAUCCCACUUGGCCUCCAUUUCACUUGUUAUUACCUGCUUGGCCUGACAUCUUGCGUCACCCCCAUCCUGUUUCCGUGGGUAAACAUGAUAAUGAAGGAUGACAACGAAGCACGAAGUUUCACAACUGGUGCAAUGAUGACCAUCGGCUGGGCCUUCUUCUCCUUCUAUCCGAUUACUGUAUUUCCUAUCCUGGAAGCGCCGCAAUGGACUAAGGGCUAUACUGUCAACAUCGUCUUCAUCGUUUGUUACUGGGUUCUCUUUAUGGUUGGACAGUACCUCUGGCGCCGCGAGGAGAAGACUAAGAAGUUUGAUAUCAACAGGCAAGAGGACGAAGAUGUGCUUAACAAGCCAGAAGCAGUGCACAUCGAGGUUGCAGAUGACAAGACUAUGAAGGAAGGUAGACCUUGA